AUGUCCCAAAUUUUUCCACUUCUCAAAAUCAGUAAAAAGCAAUUUGCUGGCUGCUUGCAACGAAAGAUGUGGGCUCGAACCAGCAGAACAGUCUCUCUUUUGGGUCACUCCCAAUUGAGACAAGCAAGCACCAAUACUGCCCAACAAGCUGGUGCAUUUGGCAACAAUAGACGAGAAGUCAUCACUUGGGCUGCAAAGACUGCUGUAGGAUGCACUAUUGCCGGGUUGGCACUAUCCGCUACCGUCCUAAAUGACGAUAAUAUGGCACCUGUAUACGAAAAGAUGGAAGCAAUGAGAAAAAGCAUCAAAUCUCUCGCAAAGGACUAUGGAACUGGCUUACGUAUUCCUCUCACUGAAGCCCAUGCCUUCUCCCUCCCUGACCAUGGUUUGCAUCCUCCUCACUACCCUUGGGACCAUCACGCUUGGUGGAAAUCUUACGACCAUGCUUCACUACGACGUGGAUACCAAGUGUAUCGCGACGUAUGUGCUGCUUGUCACUCUUUGGAACGUGUAGCAUGGCGAAAUCUGAUUGGUGUGACACACACUGAAGCUGAAAUCAAGGCCAUGUCUGCUGAAUACGAAUAUGCUGAUGGACCAAACGAUGCUGGUGAAAUGUUUAUGCGACCAGGCAAACCAUCAGAUUAUAUGCCCAAGCCAUAUCCUAAUGAAGAAGCUGCUCGAGCUGCUAAUGCUGGUGCUUACCCUCCAGACUUGAGUUGUAUUGUUCGUGCUCGUCACGGUGAAGAGGACUACAUUAUGGCCUUGCUAUUGGGAUACUACGAUGCUCCAGCUGGUUUCAAAAUGGCUGAGGGAAAACACUACAACCCAUACUUCCCUGGAGGUUCCAUAUCCAUGGCCCGUGCUCUAUACGACGAAGUAGUAGAUUACUCUGAUGGCACUACCAACACUGCAUCUCAACUAGCUAAAGAUGUCGCGACCUUCUUGUCUUGGACUUCAUACCCUGAACACGACGACAGAAAAAAGAUGGGAUUGAAGACUUUGGCCAUUUCUGCUGCUCUAAUGGGAUUGAGUGUCUGGUGGAAGAGAUUCAAAUGGUCUUACAUAAAGUCGAGGAAGAUUGUAUACCGACCAUCAAAGUCUAUUGAGGUUUAA